AGCUGUAGCAUACAAAAGGAAGCGGGAAAUGACAAGACUUAAAUGGCAGCCAUUGGUGAAUUCACACUGGACUUUUCCUAUCCGGGUCUGCAACGGCAUUGCUUCCUGAGGUCAGGGCUAUUCUAGAAAGAAACACAAAUGUAGGAAAUGUUCUCUUUGACCGAGCUCCUUCCAGUCCGACUCACGGGAACUAAGUAUGGCUGUGGAGGUGGGGGCUGCGGUGCCUGCACAGUGAUGAUCUCACGGUACAACCCCAGCACCAAGACCAUCAGGCAUCAUCCUGUCAAUGCCUGUCUGACCCCCAUCUGCUCUCUGUACGGUACAGCAGUCACCACAGUAGAGGGCAUAGGCAACACCAGGACCAGACUUCAUCCUGUUCAGGAGAGGAUCGCCAAGUGUCACGGCACCCAGUGUGGGUUCUGUACCCCUGGGAUGGUGAUGUCCAUGUAUGCUCUGCUCAGGAACCACCCGGAGCCCACCCUAGAUCAGUUAACUGAUGCCCUUGGGGGGAAUCUGUGCCGCUGUACCGGAUACAGGCCCAUAAUUGACGCUUGCAAGACCUUCUGUAGAGCUUCUGGCUGCUGUCAAAGUAAAGAAAAUGGGGUGUGCUGUUUGGAUCAAGGAAUAAAUGGAUCGGCAGAAUUUCAGGAAGGAGAUGAGACAAGUCCAGAACUGUUCUCGGAAAAGGAAUUUCAGCCACUGGACCCGACCCAAGAGCUGAUAUUUCCUCCAGAGCUAAUGAGAAUAGCCGAGAAACAGCCACCAAAAACCAGAGUGUUCUAUGGUAAUAGAAUGACAUGGAUCUCCCCGGUGACCCUGGAGGAACUUGUGGAAGCUAAGUUCAAGUAUCCUGGGGCCCCCAUUGUUAUGGGGUACACCUCUGUGGGGCCUGAAGUAAAGUUUAAAGGUGUCUUCCACCCCAUCAUAAUUUCUCCUGACAGAAUUGAAGAGCUGAGUAUCAUAAACCAGACCGGGGAUGGGCUGACCCUGGGUGCUGGCCUCAGCCUGGAUCAGGUGAAGGACAUUCUGACUGAUGUGGUCCAGAAGCUUCCAGAAGAGACGACACAGACAUACCGUGCGCUCCUGAAGCACCUGAGAACUCUGGCUGGCUCUCAGAUCAGGAACAUGGCUUCUUUAGGGGGCCACAUCGUGAGUAGACAUCUGGACUCGGAUCUGAAUCCCCUUCUGGCUGUGGGUAAUUGUACCCUCAACUUACUAUCCAAAGAUGGAAAACGGCAGAUCCCUUUAAGUGAGCAGUUUCUCCGCAAGUGUCCUGACUCGGACCUUAAGCCUCAGGAAGUCUUGGUCUCAGUGAACAUCCCCUGUUCCAGGAAGUGGGAGUUUGUGUCAGCCUUCCGACAAGCCCAGAGACAGCAGAAUGCACUAGCGAUUGUCAACUCUGGAAUGAGAGUCCUUUUUAGAGAAGGAGGUGGCAUCAUUAAAGAGUUAUCCAUUUUGUAUGGAGGUGUCGGUCCAACCACCAUCGGUGCCAAGAACUCCUGUCAGAAACUCAUUGGAAGGCCCUGGAAUGAAGAGACACUGGACACAGCAUGCAGGCUGGUUUUGGAUGAAGUCACCCUUGCAGGUUCGGCUCCCGGUGGAAAGGUGGAGUUCAAGAGGACCCUCAUCAUCAGCUUCCUCUUCAAGUUCUACCUGGAGGUGCUGCAGGGUCUGAAGAGGGAGGACCCAGGUCACUAUCCUAGCCUGACAAGCAAUUAUGAGAGUGCUUUAGAAGAUCUCCAUUCAAAACAUCACUGGAGAACAUUAACCCACCAGAACGUGGACCCGAGGCAGCUUCCUCAGGACCCAAUUGGCCGUCCCAUCAUGCACCUUUCUGGUAUUAAGCACGCUACUGGCGAGGCCAUCUACUGUGACGACAUGCCCGCAGUAGACCGGGAGCUUUUCCUGGCUUUUGUAACAAGCUCAAGAGCACACGCUAAGAUUGUGUCCAUUGAUCUGUCAGAAGCUCUCAGCCUGCCAGGCGUGGUGGACAUCAUUACUGCGGAUCACCUUCAGGACGCAGCCACCUUCGGCACAGAGCCGCUUCUGGCCACAGAUAAGGUCCACUGCGUGGGCCAACUUGUCUGUGCCGUGAUUGCGGAUUCUGAGACACGGGCAAAGCAAGCGGCGAAGCACGUGAAGGUGGUCUACCGAGACUUGAAGCCUCUGAUCCUAACUAUUGAGGAAGCUAUACAACACAAGUCCUUCUUCGAGUCAGAACGGAAGCUGGAGUGUGGAAAUGUUGAUGAAGCGUUUAAAAUUGCUGAUCAAAUUCUUGAAGGUGAGAUACACAUAGGCGGCCAGGAACAUUUUUAUAUGGAAACCCAAAGCAUGCUUGUUGUUCCCAAAGGAGAGGAUGGAGAGAUUGACAUCUAUGUGUCUACACAGUUCCCCAAGUAUAUACAGGAUAUAGUUGCUGCAACCUUGAAGCUUUCAGUCAACAAGGUCAUGUGUCAUGUAAGGCGUGUUGGCGGGGCGUUUGGAGGGAAGGUAGGCAAGACCAGCAUCAUGGCAGCCAUCACCGCAUUCGCUGCCAGCAAACACGGUCGUGCGGUCCGCUGCAUUCUGGAACGAGGAGAAGACAUGUUAAUAACUGGGGGCCGCCAUCCUUACCUUGGAAAGUAUAAAGCUGGAUUCACGAAGGACGGCAGAAUCUUGGCCCUGGACGUGGAGCACUAUUGCAAUGGAGGGAGCUCCCUGGAUGAGUCCUUAUGGGUGAUAGAAAUGGGACUUCUGAAGAUGGACAACGCUUACAAGUUUCCCAACCUACGCUGCCGGGGCUGGGCCUGCAGAACCAACCUCCCGUCCAACACUGCUCUGCGUGGGUUUGGCUUUCCUCAGGCAGGGCUGGUCACCGAAGCCUGUAUCACGGAAGUGGCAAUCAGAUGUGGCCUGUCCCCUGAGCAGGUUCGAACCAUAAAUAUGUACAAGCAAAUUGAUAAUACCCAUUACAAGCAAGAGCUCAGCGCCAAGACCCUCUUUGAGUGCUGGAGAGAAUGCAUGGCCAAGUGUUCCUACUCUGAGAGGAAAACGGCUGUGGGAAAAUUCAAUGCAGAGAAUUCCUGGAAGAAGAGGGGAAUGGCCGUGAUUCCAUUGAAGUUUCCUGUGGGUGUUGGCUCAGUAGCCAUGGGACAGGCGGCUGCCCUGGUCCAUAUUUAUCUUGAUGGCUCUGCCCUGGUCUCUCACGGUGGGAUUGAGAUGGGGCAGGGUGUCCACACUAAAAUGAUCCAGGUGGUCAGCCGGGAAUUAAAGAUGCCAAUGUCGAGUGUUCACCUGCGUGGGACAAGCACAGAAACCGUCCCCAACACCAAUGCCUCGGGAGGCUCUGUGGUGGCAGAUCUCAAUGGAUUGGCAGUAAAGGAUGCUUGCCAGACCCUUCUAAAACGCCUUGAGCCCAUCAUCAGCAAGAACCCCCAGGGAACUUGGAAGGAUUGGGCCCAGACUGCUUUUGACCAGAGCAUCAGUCUCUCAGCUGUUGGAUAUUUCAGGGGCUAUGAGUCGAAUAUAAACUGGGAGAAAGGGGAAGGCCAUCCCUUCGAAUACUUUGUGUAUGGAGCUGCCUGCUCAGAGGUUGAAAUAGACUGCCUGACCGGAGACCAUAAGAAUAUCAGAACAGACAUCGUGAUGGAUGUUGGCCACAGCAUAAACCCAGCCCUUGACAUAGGCCAGGUUGAAGGUGCAUUUAUUCAAGGAAUGGGACUUUACACGAUAGAGGAGCUGAGCUACUCUCCGCAGGGCAUUCUGUACAGUCGUGGACCAAACCAAUACAAGAUCCCUGCCAUCUGCGACAUCCCCAUCGAGAUGCACAUUUCUUUUUUGCCCCCAUCCGAACACUCAAACACCCUGUAUUCAUCUAAGGGUCUGGGAGAGUCUGGGGUGUUCCUGGGCUGUUCGGUAUUUUUUGCCAUCCAUGACGCAGUGAGGGCAGCGCGACAGGAGAGAGGCAUCUCUGGACCAUGGAAGCUCAAUAGUCCUCUGACUCCAGAGAAAAUCAGAAUGGCUUGUGAAGAUAAGUUCACAAAAAUGAUUCCAAGAGAUGAACCUGGAUCCUAUGUUCCCUGGAACAUACCUGUGUGAGUGAAAUAUGAACUUCUGAAAGGAUUGGCUCAACAACUACAGAACGCACCUCCCGGUCUCUCUGCUCUAAGAUGCUAAAUAUGAAAGAGUUUUACAGCCCAGAAUCAUCCACAGCACUGCUUUACUGGUUCGGAAGUUUCUCUUGAGGAUACUCCAGAUACACCUGAGACAUUAUAAAUCAUAUAUCAAAUUGCACAAAUAUUAAAUCGUUUGCUCAGA